UCGCCAAGUGUAUGGCCACUCGCUUCUCUUCUGAAGUUCACUAUGGGUCAGCUGUCGAUUGGAUAUAUGCCUAUGGGAAAUAUUUGGAUAGUCCUUUGAAGAAUAUUCUAGUUUCAGCUCCAACACAGAAACCUAUCCUAUUGAUUAUCGAUGACGCCGACCAUUGGGUAGUUGGAAAAAAGUCCUUGGAAAAGAAAACUAUGUGUGGGUUUAUUGAAGAAUUGGACUCGUGUAGGAACCUCCAACAACGAAUAUUAUGGAUACUUAUCACACGAGAGGAAAAUCAACUACACCCCAUUUUGAGACGAGACGAGUACUUUCCUCAUUCCUUUUGCGUUCCUUCGUUGUCAAGAGAAAACAUUCAUCAUAUGGUGUCUUAUUGGCUUGAAAAAAUAGAUAAUCCUACUAUAUCUCGUGUUGCUUUGGAUCUCGUGCAACGUGAAAACAUGAUUCCUGGAUGGAAGGGAUGCGUCUUUGGGCAUAUCUCAUAUUUGGUGACAACGUUCUUACGAAUGGUUUAUUGUAAGGGUGGAGAUCACGACUCGAUAGCAAAACAAUGGCAACGAAGUCUUGAGGCAACUUUCUCCUUUGUCGUACAAAACAACCCGGAAAUAGGGAUAAGCAACCAUAAACCAUCAUCCAAUUUCAUAGUGGACGAUUUCUUAGUUGGCAGCGAUGAUGAAAGCUCUCUAUCAGAAACUUUCAAUGAUUUGGUCACCGUUAUCACAUAUUCAAUGAAAAAGAACCAACAAGUAUUUCCUACCACAGUCACUCCUUUUCGAGGUGCCUUAAUUUAUGGUCCUUGUGGUGUGGGAAAGACAAGUUUAUGUCAUCGACUUGUUCAAAAGCUUCAUUUACCUGUAUUCGUUCUAGAUGGAGCAUCACUAUUGGCCUCUGCAAUAGGACAAUCAGAAAAAACCUUGAAACAAUGUUUUCUAGCAGCACGUAGAUUCUCACCCUGUGUCAUUUUUGUGGAUCAAAUAGAUAUGGUGUUCCAGAAGAGAGACUUUGCUGAUGGCACGUCAGCUGAAAGUCUUUCCAGAUUGACUUGUCUAUUUUUAUCGGAAAUGGAUGGCUUCUCAACUUCGCGUCAACCGGAGUUCUUUGUUUUGGCAACAGCACAAGAUUUGGAUAAAAUAGAUCCCGCUUUGUUGCGCCCUGGAAGAUUGGAAUACAAAAAAAAGUUGGAUUUACCGACCAACUAUCAGAGGUAUCGAUAUUUGUGCAAUUUUUUGAAACAUGUGAAGAACGUAGGAGUCACCGUGGAGAAGCAAGUAGAAGACAACCAAUUUCUAGAUUGGAUCGUUCAAAGCACUUGCAUGUGGAAUCUUGCAGACUGGUCCAUGUUACUGCGUUCCGUGCUGUUGUGUUGUUGGAAAGAAAAAGUGAAUGAUGGGGAGUUGAAACGGAAACAUUUCGAAAGUAUGUUGAUGGAGAAACAAGGAACAUCCAACUUGUUACCAAUCGACUCUUCUUUUGAGAGUGAAGUCAUCGAAGGAAAGCGGGAAUACUGCGGGAAUACUGAAAAAAAAAAUAACUUGUAGUUUGUGUAAAAGAGAAACAAACUAGGUUGUAUCCCUUGCGA